UUAUUAUUUCCUUUAUGAAAACAUUUAAAGAUGCUUUAGAUGUUUAUUUCCUUCUUGAAUAUGUUCGAGGAAUGGAAUUAUUUGAUGUAAUCAGAGAUAUUGGUAUAAUUUAUUUUUUUAAUAAUUUAAAGGUUUGUUGUCAACUUAUGAUUCUUAAUUUUAUGUAGCUUCAAUGAUUUUGAUAACUGAAUACCUACAUCAUUAAAAUAUAAUUUACAGAGAUAUUAAACCAGAAAACUUUAUGGUUGAUGAUAAAGGAUUUCUUAAAUUAAUUGAUUUGGGAACAGCUAAAAUAAUAAAAGGCAAAUAAGGAAUCAUUCGUACAUAUACAAUUAUAGGAACUCCGCAUUGUUAAUUAUUUACAUUAUAUUUUAGAUAUGGCUCCUGAAAUAAUAUGUGGUAAAGGAUAUAAUUGCUUAGUGGAUUUGUGGUCUAUUGGUAUAUGUUUAUAUGAGUUUAUGUGUGGAAUGGUUCCAUUUGGAGAGGAAGCAGAAGAUCCUUAUGAAAUUUAUGAAGAAAUCAUUAAAAAAGAUAUUACAUACCCAAAUUAUUUGAAAGAUAAAAAAGCCAAAAAACUUAUGGAUUAGUAUUUUAAUCUAAUAUAUAAGAUUACUUUCCCGAGUUCCUGAAGUAAGAUUAGGAGGUUCUUAUGCUUCACUUAAAGGAAAUCCUUGGUUUGAAAACUUUGAUUGGGUAAUAUGCUAUUACAUCUAUAGGAAAAAUUAUUAGAAAAAGAAAUAAAAACACCUUAUUUACCACCUGCAGAUAAAUUAUUACCAGAAUUAGAAAUCAAAUCUCUAGAAUCAAAUGGUAAAAUGAUUGAAGAAGAAAUCAAAGUAUUUAUUCUAAUUAUUUACUAAUUUUAAAGUAAGAAUAAGCUGUCAGAUAAAUGGAUGGUUAAAAUUAAGGAGAUUAAGGAUGGGAAAAAGACUUUUGAUAUUUUAUAUGAGAUCUAAAACGCA